AGCGCAUCGCAAGAUGUCGCGCGAAAUGCACUUCUGGCGGAAGUGAGAACUCGGCCAUAGUCUUUUUAGGUUGGGUUCUCUCGUAGUGGCACGUUGUCGGACAGUGAAACACCAUGCAGAUAUUCGUGAAAACUCUCACGGGUAAGACCAUUACCCUUGAGGUGGAAGCCUCCGACACUAUUGAAAAUGUGAAGGCCAAGAUUCAAGACAAGGAGGGGAUCCCACCGGAUCAGCAGCGUCUCAUCUUCGCCGGCAAGCAGCUGGAGGAUGGACGUACUCUCUCUGACUACAAUAUCCAGAAAGAAUCUACACUCCAUCUGGUGCUCCGUCUCAGAGGAGGUGUAAUUGAGCCCACUCUGCGUAUUCUCGCACAGAAAUACAACUGUGACAAGAUGAUCUGUCGCAAAUGCUAUGCUCGUCUUCAUCCCAGAGCAACCAAUUGCCGUAAGAAGAAGUGCGGUCACACAAACAACAUCCGCCCUAAGAAGAAGUUGAAGUAGAUUAAUUAUCCAUUAUCCAUUUCUUUGCUACGAGGAUGGAAAUAUACUUCUUAUAUUUGGCUUCAAAUAAAUUCUAACUGGUAAACUGACAA